UACAUGAAGCUCAAGAUCUGAACCUGCUAUGACUGACCCAGACGUCCUCACUGAGGUCCCAGCAGCUCUCAAACGCCUUGCCAAAUACGUGGUGCGUGGCUUUUAUGGCAUUGAACAUGCUUUGGCUCUGGACAUUCUCAUCAGGAACCCCUGUGUGAAGGAAGAGGACAUGUUAGAGCUCCUGAAGUUUGAUAGGAAGCAAUUGCGAGCUGUCCUCAACACUCUCAAGGGUGACAAGUUCAUCAAAUGCAGGAUGAGGGUAGAGACGGCUCCAGACGGCAAAACCACCCGUCAUAACUACUAUUUCAUCAACUACCGCCUUCUGGUUAAUGUGGUGAAAUACAAGCUGGACCACAUGAGGAGGAGGAUUGAGACAGAUGAGAGAGACUCCACCAAUCGCGCCUCUUUUAAAUGCCCUAUUUGCUUCAGCACUUUCACGGACUUGGAGGCCAACCAGCUGUUUGACCCCAGGACAG